AUGGCGACAAAGAAGCAGCUUGGAUGGCGAGAGCUAUUUCUGAUAUUCACAGUACUUCCCUGCUGCAGGAGUUUACAGGUUUCUAUUCCAGAGAAAGAAUACGAGGUCGCAAGAGGAGGUGAUAUAACUAUGAACUGUUUCUUCACCCCAGCCCGACCAGACUUCACCACACUCAUCCUCACAUGGGAAGCUUACCCUGACAAUAUUAAUGAUCCAGUGAAAUCCGUGGCCACCUACUAUAUGAAUAGUCCUGACACUGACAUUGCACCUGCUUAUGAAGGCAGAGCCUCUUUGGAGGUUGACCUUCAAAAACAAGUGAGCACACUCCGCUUGACAAAGGUGACCAUGCAGGACAGCCGCCGUUUCCAGUGCAGCGUCAUGAUCCCCAAGGAUGAUGAGGGAACAACAGCUGCCACCACUUCCCUUUUGGUCCUGGUUCCUCCCUCUCCUCCAAUCUGCAGCAUCCAGGGAAAAGCAGAGUACUGGCACAACAUCACCCUCAGCUGCAUUUCUCAGGAGGGGUCCCCAAAACCCAUCUAUAAAUGGACGAGCUACAAUGUUCAAAACAUUCCCAUACAAUUUCCACCUAAAACAACUGAAAAUGAUGGAGUUCUGUCUCUCUUCAAUAUUUCAAGAGAGACGUCAGGGUUCUUCAUUUGCACAUCAACAAAUCGAAUGGGUUCUGCCAGCUGCAACUUUACCUUAGCGGUUAUGCCAAGUAGCAUAAAUGAGGCGUCCAUUGCAGGCAUAGUUGGAGGAGUUCUUGCAGGUCUUCUGGUUCUGGGGAUUCUCAUCUUCUGUUGCUGCCGGAAAAAAGGCAAAAAGAACAAGUAUGCUGAAGGUGCCCCUGGAGAAGUGGAGUUUUACGACAGAGAUGCUCCUGAAGCUGGAGAACAGUAUUGCGAUGACAAGCCAAACAGCAAGACCAAGCAGUAUGAAGACAAAGAAGUUGUUCCUCAAAACAAUUACAGUGUAGAAACAGCUGGACUCAAGUUUGAGGAGGAUCAACACAGUCUUAGUAGAGGUAAAGAAAGGAAUUAUGGCAAGGGCAGUGACACUGACUCCCAGCGUUACCAGGACGACCAACAUGAUCACUAUCGUGGAAGUCGUGAUCGCCUUGACGAUCAGCGAGAUCAUUACAGUGGCAGUCGUGAUCGCCUCGAUGAUAAACGUAACUAUUACAGUGGAAGUCGUGAGAGGCUUGAUGAUCAACGUGAUCGUUAUGGUGGCAGCCAUGAUCGCCUUGAUGAUCAACGUGAUCGUUACGGUGGCAGCCGUGAUCGCCUUGAUGAUCAACGUGAUCGUUACGGUGGCAGCCGUGAUCGCCUGGAUGAUCAACGCGAUCGAUAUGGGGGCAGUCGUGAUCGACUUGACGAACGACGCGAUCGAUAUGGGGGCAGCCGUGAUCGACUUGACGAUCGACGCGAUCGCUAUGGUGGCAGCCGAGAUCAACUCGACAAUCGACGCGAUCGUUACGGCGGCAGUCGUGAUCAUCUCGAUUACAGUGAUGACCAAUAG